GUUGUGAAUCUGUUUCUUUUAUCCUUAAGCAGAUCUCUGGAUGCAUUAAUUCAUCUAGUCUUGUUAUUUCUUUUACUUCUAUGCGUAAUUUCUGGAUCUGAUCUUUCUCUCUCUCUCUCUCUCCUGUCCAUCUAGGGUUUCUUGAGAAUAUUAUUUAAACCCUCUUUAGCUAAUAGUCACACUUCGUUUCCUUUCUUUGUUUCUUGGUCUAAAUGUUUCUAUGGGUAGGGGAGAUUCAAAAUCUAUAGUGAAGAAGAUUGGGUACAAUGGCGAGAGAGAAGAUAAGGAUAAAGAAGAUAGAUAACCUAACAGCGAGACAAGUUACUUUCUCUAAGAGAAGAAGGGGAAUCAUCAAGAAAGCCAAUGAACUUUCGAUUCUUUGCGAUGCUGAUGUUGCUCUCAUCAUCUUCUCUGCUACUGGAAAGCUCUUCGAGUUCUCUAGCUCAAGAUUAUUAAUUUAAAGAAUUGCAUAUAUGGACGAAGGAAAGCUUCAUAUGAAAGAUGGAUUGUUUGUUGAUACGUGUAGUAUGAGAGACAUCUUGGGAAGGUAUAAUCUUCAUGCAAGUAACAUCAACAAAAUGAUGGGUCCACCUUCUCCGUAUCACCAGCAGCUAGAUAAUUGUAACCUCUCCCGACUAAGUAAGGAAGUCGAAGACAAAACCAAGCAGCUCAGACAAAUGAGAGGGGGAGAUCUUGAAGGAUUGAACUUAGAAGAGUUGCAGCGGCUGGAGAAAUCGCUUGAAUCUGGACUUAGUCGUGUGUCUGAAAAGAAGGGCGAAUGUGUGAUGAGCCAGAUAUCUUCACUUGAGAAACGGGGAUCAGAGUUGGUGGAUGAGAAUAGAAGACUGAGGGAGCAAUAUCAGCUAGUGACGUUGGAAAUGGCUAAAACGAUGGCGUUAAAGGAGGCUGUGGAGACAGAGUCGGCGACCACAAAUGUGUCAAGCUAUGACAGUGCAGCUCCCAUUGAAGAUGACUUCUCAGAUACUUCCCUUAAGCUUGGGCUUCCAUCUUGGGAAUGAAUCGGAGAAAGAAGAGUGCAGCAGAGUUGACUUGGAUGAGACAUGAAACAAACUGAUCCGAGUAGUCAUUUUUCACUUUCUUUCCUUUUAAUAAGUGUUGAACAAAAUUCAGAUGUGAAGAAUGAAAUUCUCAAUGCAAUGUGGAGACCGUGAUAGCAAGCUUAUCACAUCGUGUUACUGUUUCUCUUUCUUUUCUAAAACUAUUUUGCAACAAAAAGAAAAAUCAGUGGACCUGCUAUUGUCUUUUAAUUGAUUAUAUAUCUUUAAGACCCAUCUA